AUGACCCCUGAGCAAGCUGGAAAGGCCCUCUUCAGUAUCUUCGAUAUGAUCAAAGUCUCGCCAAAAGCUGAUUAUCCGUUAAGAAGAUUUGGAAAGAUUGUUAUGGAUAGAAAUCCAGAAAAUUACUUUGCAGAAGUCGAACAAGCUGCAUUUAGUCCUGCUAAUACUGUUGCUGGGAUAGAACCCUCUGCCUAUACGCAAAGUUAUCGUUUGGGAACCAAUUUCAACCAAAUACCUAUUAACAGUCCACUCCAGGCCUAUUGCCCCUUCCAACGAGACGGUCCGCGGGCUAUUAAUGGCAACUACGUGCCUGUGGCUAAUUAUUCUAGCUCCUUUGAACCUCUCAACUAUCAUGCUGAUGCCACUCUUUCUGAAGCCCACGAGAAGUGGCUUGAUAAAGCUUCGAGCUUUCACUGGGCUGCCACCAAUGAUGAUUACCAUCAAGCACUUGAUAUGUGGAAAGUAUUUGGAAGAGGUGGCCAGCAAGAUUCCUUUAUCCACAACAUUAUUUCUCCUAAUGUGAAAGCUGCUAGCCCCGAUGUGCAAGACAGGAUGUUUGAAAUGUUCAUUAAAGUUUAG